CGGAGCCAUCUUUGCCCCUGGCUCCCUCCCUCCCGUUGCUAGGGCAACCAGAGGCGUUCCUCUCGAUGGCUUUGCCGGAGCCGGUGCGGAGGCGCCUGAGCUCCUUCAGCCGGACUGUCUUUGUCGAUAGCAGCAGCACGAGGCCGGAGGGAGGGGGCCCUAACGUCCCGGAUAAUGAAAUUGUUUCCAGUUUGCCCUUACAGAUGUCCCUCUAUUUCAACCUUUGUUUUUUCCCAUUUUGGUGGGUAAGCAAUGUCCUCAUGUUCCAGCUGAAGUAUCCAGUUUUACCAGAUUACUACAAGUUCAUCCUUGUGACAAUUUUUAUAUUAUCGUCUCUGAUUGAGAUGAUCCGUCUGUACCUAGGCUACAUGGGAAAUUUGCAGGAGAAGGUUCCUGAACUGGCUGGUUUUUGGCUUCUGAGUAUUCUUCUGCAACUGCCCUUAAUUCUUUUCCUGCUUUUAAAUGAAGGUUUGAAGAUCCAACCACUGGAACGAGCAGUGAACAUCAUCUUUAUAAUGUUCCUUGCAUUCCAGGUCAUUUCUGCAUUCCUUGCCCUCAGAAGAAUGGUAAACCAACUGGCAACUCGUUUCCAUCUUCAUGAAUUUGACAAGCUAGGUGAUGAUUUGCCUCCUGAUAAGCUAGCCUGGAAGAAAAGGAGGCUAGAAUCUUCAUGGGUUGUGAGACCACCUACAGAAGACAUUUUUUCAGCAAGUGGUGGAUGGGAAUCUGCCCUGAGAGCUUGAUGGGUUAUGAAGAAGCCAUUCACUGGUGCACCUGGGGUUUUGUGCCUUCAUUAUAUGUUUUUUGGUGAAUCUGACUUGUGUAUUGUUCAGUCUUCUUACAAAUAACAAAAGCACCUGUUCUUCUACAGGAAUUUGUGAAAUCAUUCUGCUGUGAUUAUAAACUUUAAACACAAAAAGAUAUAAUAUGAGGAUGUACAAACUCGUGCAGUUUGCAGGCAUGAUUCACAAAGAGAUGAUCAGUCUGUUUAAUUUUCAUGUUAUCUGUCUGGAGUAAUCCAUAUGGAUGUCUUCAUUUGCACUUUCAAUGGAGGGAAAACGUUAUAUUCUAGCAGUUGGAUUUACAGUUCUUUUUGUAAAUGUGGAGGUUUUUUUUUAAAAAAAACAUUGCUUCAUUUUUAAAUAUGUGUGCCAAGGGGCUAUAUUCUUAAUAUUUCAAUAAUGAUUGAAAGAGAAAGUUUUGUAAAAUAUAAUAAAAAAGUUUUAAUA